GCAGGGUCGCCCUGAAAGAAUAAAAAACCAAAAUUGAAGGGCGAAUGAUUCCGGGGUUUAUCAGUAUCACUUAUCAAGCAAUCAUUGACUGUGGCGGCCGCCAUCACCGUCCAUCAGUUUUUCCCUGUAGCUUGCAGUCCAGACUCUACUCUGGCGACUCAGAGUCCAACGGCCCGGCGGCGAGUCAGUGUUCCGAGAUGAUUCUGGUGCAACAUUGCUCGAGUGAUGUGACUUUGAGCACUAGCUCGUGGUUAUGGAGGCUCCUUAGGAUUCCCACCAGAACCUAUCCAUGGUUUUGGAGAGGUAAAGUUUGGUCUUUUUACCCAGAAAAGUGGGGUUGGGGGUUCUCAUCGACUUGGUGAGGAGGAAGCCAAGAGAUCAAUAUAAUCUGUUUCCACUAAGUACAACUAUGCAUUUGGUUGCAAAGUUCCAUAGAGUUUUACCUGCAAGAUCAAAUCACUGCUCAAUGAGAAAUGUGUUUUACCGGAUUCUUAUUUGUCCCAUGGUGACAAUGGAUAUGGAGGUACAAUUACUUUAUUUGUAUCUAUUUCUUGCUUCUCCUUAUGCAUUAAAAGUUUAUCACAACAUCAAAGUUGCGUUGUGAAGAUUUCUAUGCAUUAUGCAAUAGUUCAAGGCACUAGUGUCCUGGUUCUGCCUAUGGUUGAUGCUUGCAAAAUUGCAAAUUGAAAUACCUAAGUCUUCCUAGUUGGUUUCUUUUAAAAUGAAUUCUCCCAUAAAUGGUAAGGCAUAAGAGAGGAUAUAAUUUAAUGAAUAUGAUACCCAGUU